AGCUACAGCAACAUUAGUGAUGAAGAUCUGCAAAAACUUGUCCAGAAUUUUAUUAUGGAGUGUCCAGACUCUGGAAUAAAAACGGUUUUGGGGUAUCUAAAUGGUGUGGGAAUAAGAGUGCAGAGAUCCAGAGUUAUGGAAACCAUGAGGGUGGUGGAUCCUGUGGGCACCAUCUGUCGUGGACUUGGUAUUAAUGUAAUACACAGAAGAGUUUACUCUGUACCAUCACCACUUGCACUUUGGCACAUUGACGGAAAUCACAAAUUGAUACGGUGGAGAAUUGUGAUUCAUGGUGGCAUUGAUGGAUACAGUCGAAAGAUAAUGUUCCUCACUGCCAGCAAUAACAACCGAGCAUCCACAGUUCUAAAAGCCUUCAUUACUGCUGUGCAAAAGUUUGGCUUGCCAAUCAGAGUAAGAAGCGACAAAGGAGGAGAAAAUGUAGAAGUUGCUCGUUAUAUGCUGCAACAUCCAGAAAGAGGAGCAG